AUGCGUCCGCCACGUCUGCUACUUUUGAUUUUCUGUUUUAUCUUUCUUCCCAUUCUUCUCACUUUCCUAUCGCUCAUCAGCGCCGAGCCUCAUCGUGGCGUCAACGGGGAUGUUCCUAUCGCUGGUCGAUCGAGCCGGUUACACGCUCUAUUUUCUUUCAACGCCCCGGCUUCUCUAUUCCCACCGUCUGCCAUCAUCAGUUUGACCGAUGACAACUCAACCUUUUUCCUGGCGCGACCAGCAGCAUUCGGGCCUCUUCUCCCUUCGAAAGGCCUCAACGGUCAGCUCUGGAUAGGCAGCGGCUUCAGCGAGGACACCCUCCGGAAGGGUGUCGGUACUGCAGGCUUCCAGGGAGAGCUCGGCUGCUCAGAUGUUCCCGGAUGGGACAAAGAUGGACAAUCAAAAACGGAGAAGAGCCUAAAGGAAACCGAAACCAGCACGCCCACCAGCUCUUCCCCGGACAAGGAGUCGGCCGACAGUCACAAAGGCCCCGACAAGAGCCUCGUCACGGCAGACAAAAAUAGCGGGCCGGCUCCAAAUGACGGCACCGAUGAUCAUCUUCACCACCCUCUUCCUGCGAGUGAUCCCCAGAAAUCAGGCGAGAAGCAACCUUCGACAACACACGCCGAUAUUCAGUCUUUGCAAGAGAGCGCGGAAAUUGCCGGGAAAGUCGUCCUACUUAGCCGGGGUGGCUGUGGCUUUUUAGAGAAGGUGAAAUGGGUUCAACGGCGAGGCGGCGUGGCCUUGAUAGUUGGAGAUGAUACCAGAGGUGGUAGUCUGAUUACGAUGUAUGCACGUGGCGAUACCUCAAACAUCACUAUUCCGGCGGUGUUUACUUCCUAUACCACUGCACACUUGCUGUCUUCCCUGAUUCCAGAAAGGGCAAUGCUGGAAGGACAGACAGAAGUUGACUCGAAGAAGCUAUCAUCGGAGCAAAAGCAAAAUCCAACGACUACAACGAAGAAAGCGGCUAGUAAACCAACCUCUACUACAUCGGCAAGGAAAGAGGUUGUUGAUAAAGAUGAGCCUUCUGAAGUUGAAGCCAAGGGAGACAAUUUUAUCUCCUUCUUGUUGUCACUGGUGGGUUGGGGAGAAGACGAGGGGGGUUCUCGUUCAAUAAUGGAGGAUAGCCGUCGACCUCCAAGCAGUGGCAAUAUUGACUGGGUCUUGGUUAAUGAGUAUGAUGAGAAUGAGGAAGUCAGCAAACCAAAGGCGACGCAGUCCAGUAAGGAUAAAGGAAAGAAAAAUGAGAAGUCUUCGAAGAAUGCCGAUAACCACCCUGUCGAUGGAGAUGGGUUCGAGAUCGGGGUACACGACUGGCGGGAUCCAGAUCUUGUGCCACCCAAGCCCUCGAAAUCAGAAUCUUCAUCCACUGCUGGCAAGAAUGAAGAUUCAGAUAAGAAAACUAAUAAAUCCGAUAGCAAAAAGGACAACGAUCUCAAAGGAGGCAGUAUCACGCCUGGAAGUGGAGAAUACACGCAUAUGAUCAAAGUCCCGGCUGGGUCCGACAAAACGAAUAAAUACGGGGUUGAGCGGGUUGAUUCCAAAUCAUCAAACCCGCAAAGCCAAUCAGACGAGAAAGGCUGGUUUGCGAGAUACUUUGGCUGGAACCAAGGCGUCGACGAAGAGCUGGAUCGGAUAAUGAAGAGCCGAUCACAAGCGUAUAGUGACAAGAAAAUGUCAACUGGUGAAGAAAAACAGACAUCUGACGACCAUGUUGGUCUUUGGGUGACCAUCACUCCAACAAGCAUGUCGACUAGCCCCUUUUUCGAUACGCUAUUGGUGCUCGUUGUCAGUCCGUUAAUCACGCUGACUGUUGUCUAUGCACUGCUACUUCUGCGGUCUCGGAUCCGCCGUCGACGCUGGCGCGCACCCAAGUCAGUAGUCGAAAGACUUCCAAUUCGGACGUACCAUACGAUAUCAUCUCACUCGACGACGUCGUCAAACAGUCCGCGGUCACCAAGCCCGGGGUCUGUUACAUCAACAUCUCCUCUGCUCGGCACAAGGCCACCUGGAGACGCGUGCGGUCGCUCUCGGCCACGGUCCCAGACUGUGUCUGGAGCUGUCAUUCACACGCAUGAUACCCUAUCGAGCAAAGAAGGAAAUGUAUCUGGGUCAGACCUGUGGAGACGAAAAUACAUUGGACGGCAGGUUGAAUGCGUAGUCUGUCUGGAGGACACCCCCUGGCUCACCACACGUCGACGCACUUGCCCGAUAUGCAAAGGGGACGUUGUUCGGUCAAUGGCUCAACAAGGACCUACAACUGCCACUCGAGAGCCUCCAACCAUUAUCCACACAGCAGCCGUACCAACCACACCACCAAUUGUUGAUGAUGCGAGUCUUGAGGACGGCACGAACCCAGACGUUCCAUUACUGUCCGACAACACGGCAUCGUCUUCAGCUCCGCAGUCUAGUUGGCGCAAUUUCUCCUCUUUGAGUUUCUCAGCUCUGAAUGGGGAUACAAUCUGGCACUCAGCUCGCAGCGAUCAGAACCGAAUCAAAGCCGUAGCUCAGGCCGAAAUCUCACGACUCGCCUGUGUGACAUUCCAGGCGCUCAGAUCAGGUGCAUAUCUAUAUCCAUUCCAGGGAAUAAUCUAUCUUCUCACGCACACCACUCUCCGCCAACCGCUCCAAGCCCGCCUCAUGCCGACGCUCACCCUAGGCAUAGGCGUCACCGGCGCCAUGUUCUUCCUCACCUACGUGCCUCAGAUGGCACUUCUGGCGCUCACAUCGGGGCCGCUAGUGGCGCCAAUUUCAGCGGCAUUGCUUGUCAUUAGGGAGAGCUCGGCGAUUACAGGGUUUUUAUCCUCCGCAUCCUCAUCCUCGUCUUCAUCAUUGGAUCUAGACGCCUUUGACGCAACGCUCAUCCUCAAAGGACACGAGCGCCUCGUCGCUAGCGGACGCGAACUCAAAUCCGCGCCUAAUCGGUAUCCAAAUGCCCUUUCUCGACUGGGCCGGCUGGUAGGCAUGAGCAAUGACAUUAAACCCAACCAAGCCCAGUCCUCCGCACUAAACCGCCUCAUCCGCACUCUACUCUAUCUACCACUAAACUUCAUUCCCGUCGUUGGAACACUCAUCUUCCUCGCCCUCUCGGGCCAAAAGGCGGGUCGGGAUGCCCUAACCCGGUAUUUUGAGCUCAAGGGUUUCACUGCUCGGCAAAGGGGGGAGUGGUUGGAAGCGCAUGAGGGUGGUUGUAUUGGGUUUGGGGUUGCUGCGGCCGUGCUGGAAAUGGUGCCUUUUGCUUCGUUUCUUUUUGCAUGUACGAAUACUGUUGGGGCGGCGUUGUGGGCUGCAAGUGUUGAGGAUGGGUCUGCUGUUACUGGUUCUGAUCACGGGAAGAAGAGUUCGUAA